AUGGCUCCGAAAUUAGCUCGAGAGUGGGGGUUAAAACAUGUAGAAGAGGCUCUAGUGUCAAUUACAACAGAAGACCCACCAGUACCGGAGGUCCCACUUAAAACGAUAUUUUGUCGCUGCACCAAGGAUUGUGGUGGUGGAAAAUGUGAAUGCCGGAAAGCAAUGUUGAACUGUGCUGCGACGUGUCUCCAUCGUCAAGGAAAAUGCCUUAAUGACAUGCUUGUUGUCGAGGACGACGAUGAAGACCAGCAAGAAUUACAUACCACUGAAUAUGAGGUUAAUAUGGACAAAGAACCCUUGCCAGGACCCUCACUGCCAAAGAAGAUAAAAACGUGA